UGAUUGAGCUAGCAAGGGAAUUACAGAAGGACAUUGAAUGAAAAAGUAAUAAAAAAAGCUUCGUGGGAGUCAAGCCUGAACAAUCUGCAUAUAUUUUGCAAAAAUUUAAAAAACAGAAAAUUUAAUUGAAAGAAAACCAAAAUGAAUUCACGUCAGAUAAGAGGUUCAGAAGCGCGGCUUGUUAGAACAUCCUAUGGAUACAGUCAUGGUAAUUCCUCGCACAAAACCUUCUCAGCGAAAUCGAAAAAGUUAUUAAAAAAAAAUUUACUUGUUGUCUUGAUAAUAAUCGGUGCGUUAAUCGGAUUCAUAGUCGGAAUCAGCAUCAAUAAGCCAAUCCAAAAGCUCGAACAGUCCGAUCGAUACACAGCUAUCAUAAUUAUUGGAUUUCCAGGCGAGCUACUUAUUCGAAUGUUGAAAUUGUUGAUUCUACCUUUGAUCACAUGCAGUUUGAUUGUUGGAUUAGCCAAUCUUGACAGUAGAGUUUCUGGUAAAAUUGGAGGAAGGGCUGUAGUGUAUUACCUAUCAACAACUUGCAUGGCAGCUAUACUUGGUUUGGUUCUUGUCUCAGCUAUCAAACCUGGAAAUUCCAUGUCUCCACCUGAAAAUCCAAAAGAACAAGAACUUGUUCGUCCUUUAGACUCCUUCCUGGAUAUCGUCAGAAAUAUGUUUCCAUCAAAUAUUGUCAAAGCGUGUGUCGAGCAGGAUAAAACAGUCAUUAAAGAAAAAAAGGUAAACAUACAAUAUACAGAAAAACCAUUCUUAACUGGAAAUUUGACGAACAUUCAAAUAGACAUCCUUCUACUGGAGAAGAAAAUACAGAAGUAUGAAAUUGAUGGAAAAGUGUCAUAUACAAAAACCGUAGAGCGGUAUGACACCUAUAAAAUUGGAACUGGAUUAACCACGAAAGGAAAAGCUAAUUUUCUUGGUGUGAUUGUGUUUGCUAUCGCGGUUGGUAUUAUAGCUGGUCAAUUGGGGAGUGAAGCUGAAGUGUUUGUGAAGUUUCUCACAACAUUUAACAACAUCAUCACAAAAUUAAUUAUUUUGGUUAUGUGGUACUCACCUAUUGGUAUUAUGAGUCUUAUUAUUGCAAGAUUUGCUGAAAUGGAAAAUAUUGGAAAAACCUUCGAAAGCCUUGGCUUGUUUAUUGUCACAGUCGUUGUUGGUCUCGCGAUCCAUGGAUGGAUUGUAUUACCGUUGCUAUUCUUCGCAAUCACAAGAUCAAAUCCUUAUGUUUAUCUCAAGGGUGUUACAGCUGCAAUGGCAACUGCCUUUGGUACUGACUCCAGUGCUGCAACGUUACCAGUGACAUUCAAAUGUUUGGAAGAAAACUUGCAUUUAGAUAAAAGAAUCACUCGUUUCAUUCUCCCUGUUGGUACAACAAUAAACAUGGAUGGAACCGCUUUGUAUGAAGCAGUCAGUGCUAUAUUUAUUGCUCAAUCCAUUGGUCGUACCUUAAGUUUUGGCGAUUACGUGGCUAUAAGUUUUACGUCAAUCCUUGCAUCAGUUGGUGCUGCAGCUAUCCCACACGCUGGUUUGGUUACCAUGUUGAUUGUUUUGGAUACUGUUGGGUUGCCUAGUGACAUGGUGGCUGUUAUAUUCUCUGUUGAUUGGUUUCUUGAUCGAUGUCGAACCAUGAUAAACGUUCUUGGUGACGCGUAUGGUACAGGCAUUGUGCAACAUUUAUCGAAGGCUGAUCUUGCAAAAGACGACGAAAAAUUAAAAGAGAAGAAUUACAAUGACGUUUUCACAAAAGAAGAUAAAAAACAGCAACCAGUAUAUUAUUUGAAUAAGAAGAAUCUCACUAACGGAGAAAAUCACAAGUCGAAUGAUAAUUAUUCCGAAGAAAAUUCGGAAGAUGAUUAUUAUCCAACUAGAGAGAGGAAAACAACAUACCUUUAAAAGAUAUAAGCGGGUCUUAGCUUUUCUACUGGACUUGUAAGAUACGUGGCGCUAAAAAAGAACUGUAUUUUCAUAUAUUUUGAUUGGCAUAUCACUUAAAAAUAACUUUAUCUUUAUCGAUUGGUCAAAAUACCCAGGGCGUACACAGUGUAUCAAAUAAGUUACUGUCACCUGAUACUUAAAAAACAGGAAAUUCAGCUUUACCCUUACAGUUUACCGAAAUAUGAAAGUCGGAAAAUAAAAAAUAGAAGUAAAAGAUGGAAAAUUGCUACCUAUUAUUUACGGAAUCAAGUUGCAAUCAAAAAAGUAAUAUUAAUUUAAUAUCCACGCUUCUCAUUUAUCUUAUUUUGUAAUACCUUUAUGCCAGUCUGUGCAACUAUCAGUCUACGCCAUUUUCUACAAGCCUGCCAGUUUAUAUAUUUUUUUACAAGUUUAAACAGCUAUUACUCUAUACAACUUUUUAUCAGUUCUGUCAGUCUAAACUUUCUUCCUGUUAAACAACUACCAGCAAAUGCCAUUUUCUUCCAGCCCAAACAACUAUCAAUCAACACAACUUUCUUCCACUCCAAACAACUACCAAUUAACACAACUUUCUUCCACUCCAAACCACUAUCAAUCAACACAACUUUCUUCCACUUCAAACGACUACUAAUUAACACAACUUUCUUCCACUCCAAACCACUAUCAAUUAACACAACUUUCUACU